AUGGCACUCCAGCAGACGGAAAAGCUACAUCACCUGUAUACCUUAUACCUCUUCACGAAGAGCGACAUCAAAACCGUCAUCUUUCCACAAAUCGUUUUCGCCAUCUCGAGUGCUUUCACGGGAGGAUUCAGAGCCCCAGAUGAAAUCCGCGAUCAAGGUCAAGGAUUUGCUUUCGCAGCCCUUGCGAAAGCAGCCUUGUGGGUUUGGGUGACGCUUCUUGUCGAGAACGUCGCAAACCAGCGCCUACCCGGAUCGAUCCUCGAGGACUCGAAGAAUAAACCGUGGCGGCCGUUUCCAUCCAAGCGCGUAACUUCCCGCGAGGGCCAACAGUACCUGCUCAUCCUUCUUCCAUGCGCCUUGGUUACCGGCGUCCUCGUGGGCGCCUCUAGAGAGACGAACACUUUCGUCGCUCUGGUAUGGAUGUACAAUGAUCUCGACGGAGCAAACACGAGCGAGUCACGGCAAUAA